UUGGUUUGACUUUUUUUAGGAAUUUAUAUUUAAAAAUAAAGUAUGUAUUAUUUGUAAAAAAUACUAGUAUUUAUAAUAUAUGGCAACAUACAAUUUGGAUCAAACUAGUUUUCCACUUUAUUCACUUCAAUCAAUCAAUGAUGAACUAUUCAUUACGUGUGGUGGUGGUGGGGCAGCAAAGACUGGAGUUAAAAAUUCUAUAAAUAUAUACAAGUUGCAGAGAGAAGGUAGUUUGUUCAAAGCCUUGCUCAUUCAUGAAGAAAGUUGUGGAUCUCGUGCUCCCAUGAACUUAUGUUUAAACUCCAAUCGUAAUUUGUUAGCUGUUGGAAUGGAUCAUUUAUGUCAGAUUUAUUCUUUAAAAAAAGACAAAGAAAAGAUCUUCAUGAAAGAAAAAAUUUCGGUUAAGACAGUUGAAGAGACAAAUGGUGAUGAUGGAGAUUAUCAGACAUCUGUUUCUUUCACAUUAGAUGGUAAGCACAUGAUAACUGGCUCAAGUAGUGGGUCUUGCAAAGUAUUCGAGUGUCCUUCAUUUCAACUGAAAUUCAACAUAAAGAAAGCGCACUUAAACGAAAUUGAUGAUUUAGACGUUCAUCCAAAUUCUAAAUAUUUUGUAAGUGUUUCUAAAGAUCAUAGUGCGAAUUUGUGGAAAUUAGAAGAUGGAAAAAAGGAAUUAGAGCUUCCGUUUUCAUUAGCAAAAAAAGAUGAAGACUUUUAUAGGUUUAGGAAUUGCAGGUUUUCAGAAAAUUUAGAUAACAAAAGCGUCUACUUGUUUACCACUCAUAUACCAAGAAAAAACUCAAAGUUAAAGUCAGCGAAUUGCAUUGUAAAAUGGGACACACGAAAAUGGGUUCCAGAGCAAGUAAUACAAGUAAAGGAUCAUUCAUUAUCAGCAUUAGCUGUCAGUUCAAAUGGUCGUUACGUUGCAGUCGGGACAGCAGAUGGUUCUGUGCUUGUCUAUAUUUCAUGGAACAUGACUCAUUUGAAAACAAUUCUUAGAGUUCACGACAGUUUUGUGACAGGAUUAUCUUUCAUAGCUGACAAUAAAAUACUUUGUGAAGAAAUGAAACAAGAUGCUGCUUUGCUUAGCUGUUCCAUUGAUAAUAAAUGUCAAGUAUCUUUGAUACCUAAAAGAACUGAAUUUCCGAUAUAUAUUAUCCUGGUUGCUAUGUUAUUGCUACUUUACGCUACGUUUAAUUGUAUAGCUUAUUUUGAUAUCGAAUUUUGAUAAAUAUUUGAAUAUUUUUA